AGCAUAUUGCCAGUAGAUGUUGCUGAAAGACUGGUGAACGAGAAGCGGCCCUCCUAUCAGAUUCUGCCAGGGUUUGCAAGGCAUGGAUUUGGAUGACACAACCAUCCAGGAGGACAGCUUCGAGUAUGAUGACCGGGACAUUUUGUAUGCCACUGCUGGCAAGGAAGGUGGUCGCCCCGUGGUGGUCUUUUAUCCUUUGGGCAGCUCUAGGAGAUGUUUGUCACUUGUGGAGGACGAAGCUUUGGAACGAGGCCUUUGGCUCAUUUGCUGCAACCGCCCUGGCCAUGGCACCUCUCGCCCCCCAGCCAUGCCGGACACCACUGCAGCUGCAUGGCAACUUGACACAGCAGUGGAGGAUGUGAAGCAUCUUCUGGAUGAAUUGUCCAUCAAGAGGGCCUCCUUGCUAUUCCUCUGCGCCGGUGCACCCUUUGCCUUGGGAUUUACCUCCAAAUAUCCUGAACGCACAGGAAAAAUGUUGGGCAUUGCCUCCUGGGUGUCACCCGCAGAUUGUGAAGAGAGCCUCGGAUUCUUUCGAUUUGCAUCGUCCUUACCAUCCUUUGCUUUGGAUAUGUUUGGAGGCCUCUGGAGCUUGGGGCAAACGGUGAGCAAAAUUUUACCGGACCCGCCCACAUCUUUCAUCACAUCAAAGCUUGAAGAGUGUGAGAAGGAGCAAUUUCAUUCAGAUCAAGGCACCAGGUCCAAAGCCGAAAAGCUGUCCAUUGCCAGAAGCGAGAUCUCAAGUGGGGGCCAUUUGGACCUAGCUGUGCUGAUGGCAUCUCAGGAGGAUUUAGACCUGGACCUCCCAAAUCCACACAACUUGCGGCUGAUUCACAGCCAAUUUGAUGAGAUCAUUCCGAUCGAAGCUGCCAGAUGGUUCAGCAAAGAGCUUGGGAUUGGACUGGUGGAGUUGCCAGCGAAUUCACACACUGGCUGUCUCCUGAUGCUCAACCCGGCCAUUCCCCAUGCUCUGAAUUUCUUAUAGUGAUAAUUCGGUGAUAAUGUACCAACUGGGACGCAAAUUGCGUCGCAAGCUGCAAGCUCACCCGUUUCUACACCUUCGGAUCCUCCGGCUCUGCAACAAUCGUUCCACCAGGGCGAAAAGUCCAUUGCUGUCAGCUG